AUGGUGGAGGGUCUUCAUGGAGGGUGGCAGCAGGUACACAGACAGAAGAAAUUGAUCAACACCAGACGAUGGGAUAAUGAGAAAACUAAGGGUCGAGGCAUGGGGGAAGAUUCAAAUAACAAGACUACUUUUUUUUUCACUUCUUUUCCAGAAAAGUUGGGAGCUAAACAAAUGUACGAGAUCUUUCAAACAUAUGGGGACAUUGAUGAAGUUAUCAUUCCAAACAAGAGGGAUAAGAGGGGGAUGAGGUAUGGAUUUGUUAGAUUCUUUGGAGUGAUUGAUUCGGAAUUCCUAGCCACUAAGUUGGACAAUAUUUUCUUAGAAAAUAAGAAGAUUUUUGUGAACUUACCACGUUUCCAAAGGAAAGUUCCUUUUGGUAAUCAAGAGAAGAGAAAGGAUGCAAUAGGUGAUAGAGGGAAGCAAGUCAGAGGGCAGCAAUGGACUCAGAACCCUGGUUUAGUCAGAAGGGGUGGGGAUAGUGAGGCUGGAUUAAGAAAGGGCUCUUUCAUGGAGGUUUUGAACUCAAAAGCUCCUGAGACAAAUGAACGGAAGCAACCUCUCAUUUAUGAUCAACCAGAAGAAGAUCUUGAAAGAUUCAGGAAGGCUUUUACAGGUUUCACGUCUAAGCCAGGAAUGUCUUAUAAUCUACAAGAAAUUUUUAAUGCAAGGGGCCAUAUUGACGUAAAGAUUACACCUCUGGGGGCAAACAUGUGUUUGGUGGAAGAUUUAAAGGAGGGAGUGAUAUCUUCUUUACUGAAGAAGGCGGAGUCCUGGAUGAAACAGUGGUUUAGGGAGAUUCAUCCUUGGAAACCAUCAGAUAUUGAUUAUGAGCGAAUAGCUUGGCUAAGGUGUUACGGUAUCCCUUGUCAGGUCUGGAAUGAGGAUUUUUUGGUCGCUUGUUAA